AUGCGCACAAACGCUUCCGAGUGGAAAGCGUUAUUAGAAACGGAAAUGGUGAAAUCUUGUUGUGUUUACAAGUGUCGAAACGUUUGUAAUGGGGAUUCCAGGUCAAAGGGUGUCAGUUUCUUUCGGUUUCCCAAGAACAAAAGAAAAAGAAGAGCUUGGAUAAAAGCUGUGAACAGAGACGAAUGGAUGCCAAACGAGCAUACCUGGAUCUGCUCUGAACAUUUUAUUGAUGGAUGGCACGGAGAUGAACCGAGCGAUGACAAUUAUGCCCCAACAAUUUUUGCAUAUAAACAGAAACGAUCAGAAGGGGAUUUUAACAGGGAACAGAGAAGACUUGAUCGAGAAACAACCAGGGAAAAACAGUGUUCAGAAAGGAUAAACAGGGAGAGAGAAUGUGCUAAUUUAGAGUUUUCUCUGCUUGCGCAUGGUUCCUACUGUAGAACAGAUGAAUCUGGUGAUCACAGUACAGAUGCAAGUGCUUUAAUCAGUGCCUGUGGUCAUGAUGAAAAUGGACCAACAGAUGAUGUUGACAUUAAAAUGACUUGUGAUGCAGGUGUACAGUGUGAAGAUGACCCCCUCCUGCAAGAAAACAGGAAC